AUGGCAACAUCCAAAGUAUUCCUCUUGCAAACUUUGGAGGAUUUGGGAGCCGAGGAGUUUAAAAAAUUCAAGUGGUACCUGCAGCAGUCAGAGGUCCUGGAAGCCUUCCCCGCAAUACCAAAGAGUCGACUGGAAAAUGCCGAGAGGGUGGAUACAGUGGAUGAGAUGGUGCAGACUUACUGUAUAAACACUAUAAAAGUCACCAAAAUGGUUUUAGGGAAGAUAAACAAGAAUGAUCUAGUGGGAAAUUUAUCAAAACACGCAUCAGAACCUACAGAGAUUCUUGCUGCGUGCCAGCAAAAACUCAAAUCCAACUUUCAAAAGAAGUAUCAGUAUGUGUUUGAGAAAGUCACAAAAACAGGGAAUUCAGAACUUCUAAAUAAGAUCUACACAGAGCUCUACAUCACAAUGGAAGAAACCGGAGAAAUCAACAUGGAACAUGAGGUCAGACAGAUUGAAACAGCAUCCAGGAAACCAGACAGACCAGAAACAACCCUCAGACAAGAAGACAUCUUUAAAGCCUCACCUGGAAGAGAUGAACCAAUCAGAACAUUGAUGACUAAGGGAGUGGCUGGCAUUGGGAAAUCAGCUUUAACACAGAAGUUCACUAUGGACUGGGCUGAAGACAAAGCCAACCAGGACAUACAGUUCACAUUUCCAUUCACUUUCAGAGAGCUGAAUGUGCUGAAAGAGAAAAAGUACAGCUUGGUGGAACUUGUUCAUCACUUCUUUCCUGAAACCAAAGAAGCAGGAAUCUGCAGGUUUGAAGAGUUCCAGGUUGUGUUCAUCUUUGACGGUCUGGAUGAGUGUCGACUUCCUCUGGACUUCCACAACAAUGAGGUCCUGACUGAUGUUAGAGAGUCCACCUCAGUGGAUGUGCUGCUGACAAACCUCAUCAGGGGGAACCUGCUUCCCUCUGCUCGCCUCUGGAUAACCACACGACCUGCAGCAGCCAAUCAGAUCCCUCCUGAGUGCGUUGACAUGGUGUCAGAGGUGAGAGGGUUCACUGACCCACAGAAGGAGGAGUACUUCAGGAAGAGGUUCAGAGAUGAGGAGCAGGCCAGCAGAAUCAUCUGUCACAUCAAGGCAUCACGAAGCCUCCACAUCAUGUGCCACAUCCCAGUCUUCUGCUGGAUCACUGCUACAGUUCUGGAGGAGGUGUUGAAGACCAGAGAGGGAGGAGAUCUGCCCAAGACCCUGACUGAGAUGUACAUCCACUUCCUGGUGGUUCAGUCCAAACUGAAGAACGUCAAGUAUGAUGGAGGAGCUGAGACUGAUUGGAGUCCAGAGAGCAGGAAGAUGAUUGAGUCUCUGGGAAAACUGGCUUUUGAGCAGCUGCAGAAAGGCAACCUGAUCUUCUAUGAAUCAGAGCUGAAAGAGUGUGGCAUCGAUAUCAGAGCAGCCUCAGUGUACUCAGGAGUGUUCACACAGAUCGAUAAAGAGGAGAGUGGACUGUACCAGUACAAGGUGUUCUGCUUUGUCCAUCUGAGCCUUCAGGAGUUUCUGGCUGCUCUUCAUGUCCAUCUGAUCUUCAUCAACUCUGGUGUCAAUCUGCUGGAAGAAGAACAAUCAACCUCCUGGCUGUGUAAACUCUUCAGAGACAAACCUAAACUAACACAUCUCUACCAGAGUGCUGUGGACAAGGCCUUACAGAGUCCAAAUGGACACCUGGACUUGUUCCUGCGCUUCCUCCUGGGUCUCUCACUGCAGACCAACCAGACUCUCCUACAAGGUCUGCUGAAACAGACAGGAGAAAGCUCAAAGUCCAUUUCCAAAACAGCUGAGUACAUAAAGAAGAUGUUCAGGAAGAAUCUUUCUCCAGAGAGAAGCAUCACUCUGUUCCACUGUCUGAAUGAAUUGCAAGAUCAUUCUCUAGUGGAAGAGGUCCAACAGUACCUGAGAUCAGAAAGUCUUUCAACAAAUAAGCUAUCUCCUUCUCAGUUGUCAGCUCUGGCCAUGAUUUUGCUGUCAUCAGAAAAAGAUCUGGACGUGUUUGACCUGAAGAAAUACUCUGCUUCAGAGGAGGCUCUUCUGAGGCUGCUGCCAGUGGUCACCGCCUCCAACAAAGCUCUGCUGAGUGGUUGUAACCUCUCAGAGAGAAUCUGUGGAGCUCUGUCGUCAGUUCUAAGCUCCCCAUUCUCUAGUCUACGAGAGCUGGACCUGAGUAACAACAACCUGCAGGAUUCAGGGUUGAACCUGCUCUCUGCUGGACUAGAGAGUCCACACUGUUCACUGGAAACUGUCAGGCUUGGUUUGUGUAAACUGUCAGUGACAAGCUGUGAGGCUUUGUCCUCAGUUCUCAGCUGCCAAUCCUCUAGUCUGAAAGAGCUGGAUCUGCAAAACAAUGACCUGCAGGAUUCAGGAGUGGAGCAGCUCUCUGCUGGACUGGGGAGUCCACAUUGCAAACUGGAAACACUCAGACUGUCAGGUUGUCUAAUCACAGAGGAUGGCUGUGCCCACCUGGUUUCAGCUCUGAGAUCCAACCCAUCCCAUGUGAGAGAGCUUGACCUGAGCUACAAUCAUCCAGGAGACUCAAGCGUGAAGCUGCUGUCUGCUGGACUGGAGGAUCCACACUGGAGACUGGACACUCUCAGGGUGGACCAUGGUGGGGCAGAGUGGUUAAAACCUGGUCUGAGGAAGUAUUUCUGUGAACUCACACUGGACACAAACACAGCAAACAGAUUCCUCAAACUGUCUGACAACAACAGGAAGGUGACACUGGUUGCAGAAAAAAAGCAGCCAUAUCCUGAUCUUCCAGAGAGAUUUGACAGCUGUUAUCAGCUGCUGUGUGGAAAUGGUCUGACUGGUCGCUGUUACUGGGAAGUCAAGUGGAGAGGAGAGGUUGAUAUAUCAGUGAAUUACAGAGGAAUCAGCCGGAGAGGAGGCGGUGAUGACUGUGUGUUUGGAAGAAAUGAUCAGUCCUGGAGUCUGAGGUGCUCGGAUGUUCGUUACUCUGUCUGGCACAAUAACAGAGAAACAGUCCUCGCUCUUUCCUCCUCCUCUGUUUCUCACAGAGUAGCAGUGUAUGUGAACUGUCCUGCUGGCUCUCUGUCCUUCUACAGAGUCUCCUCUGACACACUGAUCCACCUCCACACCUUCAACACCACAUUCACUGAACCUCUUUAUCCGGGCUUUGGCUUUGGCUUUGGCUUUGGAGUGGAGUCUUUCAUGUUGUCACUGGAGUCCUCAGUGUCUCUGUGUUCUUUGUAG